AUGGAGGGCGGCGAGCUGGGCGUGGAGAACAUGGAGACCCUGACGGAGCUGGGCGACGAGCUCACCCUCGGCGACAUCGACGAGAUGCUGCAGUUCGUCAGUAACCAGGCAGGGGACUUUCCAGAUCUGUUUUCGGAUCACUUGUGUGGCACCUUCCAGGGCAGCGGCAGCAGUGGCAGCGGUGGUGGGACCCUGGAGCCUCAGUUGCAGCGGCCGUACAGCCAGGUGCAGCUCCAGCCCUUCCCGCCGCCCCCUGCCUCCCCCCAGCUCCAGAGCCUGCCAGUCAAAGCCGCGCAGGCAACACCUCCAGCCCCUCCGCGGUCGGCCCCUCUCCUUCAGCCCCGGCCCCCGCUCCAGCCUCAGCUCCAGCAGCAGGCCGUGAUGAUUACGCCGACGUUCAGCUCUGCUCCCCAGACUAGGAUUAUCCAGCAGCCGGUGAUCUACCAGAACGCGGCCACGAGUUUCCAAGUUCUCCAGCCUCAAGUCCAGAGCCUGGUGACGUCCUCCCAGGUUCAGCCAGUUACCAUCCAGCAGCAAGUGCAGACUGUGCAGGCCCAGCGAGUGCUAACGCAAGCUGCCAAUGGCACCAUCCAGACGUUGACUCCAGCCACGGUCCAGACGGUUGCUGCACCACAGGUCCAGCAAGUUCCAGUUUUGGUCCAACCUCAGAUUAUAAAAACGGACUCCCUUGUCUUGACAACCCUGAAAACGGAUGGUAAUCCUGUUAUGGCCGCAGUACAAAACCCAGCGCUGACAGCACUCACUGCUCCCAUCCAGACCACAGCUCUGCAGGUACCAACCCUCGUGGGGAGCAAUGGGACCAUUUUGACCACAAUGCCCGUGAUGGUGGGACAAGAAAAGGUGCCUAUCAAACAAGUUCCUGGGGGUGUCAAGCAACCAGAACCACCUAAAGAAGGAGAGAGGAGAACAACUCACAACAUCAUUGAAAAGCGUUACCGGUCAUCCAUAAAUGACAAGAUCAUUGAGCUGAAGGACCUUGUCAUGGGGACGGAUGCCAAGAUGCACAAGUCUGGAGUCCUGAGAAAAGCCAUUGAUUACAUUAAAUACCUACAGCAGGCCAACCAUAAGCUGAGACAGGAGAACAUGGUUCUGAAGCUGGCGAACCAAAAGAACAAGUUGUUGAAGGGCAUUGACCUAAGCAGUCUGGUUGACAAUGAUGUGGAUCUGAAGAUAGAUGACUUCAACCAGAAUGUGCUGCUGAUGUCUCCUCCAGCCUCUGACUCGGGAUCCCAGGCUGGCUUCUCUCCCUAUUCCAUUGACUCGGAGCCAGGAAGCCCACUCCUUGAUGAUGCAAAGGUUAAAGAUGAGCCUGACUCUCCUCCUGUGGCCCUUGGUAUGGUAGAUCGCUCUCGAAUACUCCUCUGUGCUCUCACGUUCCUUUGCCUUUCCUUCAAUCCUCUGACAUCCCUCCUGGACGCCCGAGGAACCCCAGAGUCUGACAGCCUCGUGCGCCACGGCUCUGGCAGGAACGUGCUGACCAUUGAGUCAGAUGCAGGUGGGUGGUUCGGCUGGAUGAUGCCUACACUGAUCCUGUGGCUUGUCAAUGGAGUGAUUGUACUGAGCGUCUUCAUAAAGCUCCUUGUGCAUGGAGAGCCAGUGACCCGGCUGCACUCAAGAUCAUCAGUCACGUUCUGGAGGCAUCGCAAGCAAGCGGACCUGGAUUUGGCACGGGGGGAUUUUGCUGCAGCUGCAUCAAACCUGCAGACUUGCCUGUCGGUACUUGGCCGAGCACUGCCAGCUUCCCGCCUGGACUUAGCCUGCAGCCUGUCCUGGAACGUGAUCCGCUAUAGCCUGCAGAAGCUGUCACUGGUGCGGUGGCUGCUGAAGAGGACUUCUCAUCAGUGGCGGGCAAGGGAGGCCACUGCAGGCUUCGAAGACGAGGCCAAGACCAGCGCUCGGGAUGCAGCUCUAGCAUAUCACAAGCUCCAUCAGCUCCACAUAACAGGUAAACUUCCCUCCAGCUCAGCUUAUUCGGGCUUGCACAUGGCCCUGUGUGCUGUGAACCUGGCUGAGUGUGCAGAAGAAAAGAUCCCACCCAGCACAAUGGCGGAAAUCCACCUGACGGCUGCGGUUGGCUUGAAAACCCGCUGUGGAGGCAAGCUUGGCUUCCUAGCGAGCUACUUUCUAAGCCAGGCUCAAAGCCUGUGCAGCUCGGAGCGGAGUGCCAUUCCUGACUCAUUGCGUUGGCUGUGCCACCCCCUGGGACAGAAGUUUUUUGUGGAGCGAAGCUGGACGGUGAAGUCUGCUGCAAAGGAGAGCCUGUACUGCACCCAAAGGAACCCUGCGGAUCCUAUUGCACAAGUUCAUCAGGCGUUUUGUGAGAACCUGCUAGAGCGAGCGGUGGAUUCACUUGUGAAACCUCAGACUAGGAAAGAGGUAGCGGGACAAGAGGAGGAGGAGCCGUGUGAGUUCUCCGGUGCCAUGGAGUACCUGAAAUUGCUCAACUCUUUCUUGGACUCGAUGGGAAGUGGAGCCCCACCCUUUGCCAGCAGUUCUGUAUUCAAGUCUGCUCUGGGCCCCGAUGUGGUGUGCAGAUGGUGGUCAGCAGCGGUGGCUAUGGCAAUCGGUUGGCUCAGAGGGGACGAUGCGGCUGUAAGGUCACAUUUCGCGGAAGUGGAGCGCAUGCCGAAAUCCCUGGAGAUGUCAGAGAAUGCCCUGGUGAAAGCCACUUUCUAUGUCUGUAAAGCCAUGCAGGCCUCACUGUCUGGGAAGGCAGAUGGACAGCAGGGCUCCCUGGGUCACUGUGAGAGGGCCAGCAGUCACUUAUGGAACAGCCUCAACAUGAGCGGCAGCGUCUGCAGCACCGUCCUCAACAAUAUGAUCCAGCUGCUGGCCUGUGACUUGCUGCUCUCUCUCCGCACCAGCCUGUGGCAGAAGCAGGCGAACACCAGCCAGGCCCUGGGUGAGACCUACCAUGCUUCCGCCCCUGAGCUGACAGGCUUUCAGCGCGACCUCGGCAGCCUGCGCAAGCUGGCCCAUGGCUUCAGGCCCGCCUAUCGCAAGGUCUUCCUCCACGAGGCCACUGUGCGCCUGAUGGCAGGUGCCAGCCCUACCCGCACCCACCAGCUGCUGGAGCACAGCUUGAGGCGACGCACGCCCCAGAGCAGCAAGCAAGGUGAACUGGACACCCUGCCAGGCCAGAGGGAGCGAGCCACGGCCAUCCUGUUGGCCUGCCGCCAUCUCCCCCUCUCUUUCCUCUCCUCCCCGGGGCAGCGAGCCGUCCUGCUGGCUGAGGCUGCCCGCACCCUAGAGAAGGUGGGGGACAAGCGCUCCUGCAAUGACUGCCAGCAGAUGAUCGUCAAGCUGAGCGGGGGCACGGCCAUUGCUGCCUCCUAAUGCUGGUGUGGGGCCACCUCCUGCAAAGACAGCCUGGUUGACCGUCAGCCUGCACUUCCCUUCUGGAGCUUAAAAGAAAAGUGCUAGGUUAGGGCUGUGCU